UGCAUCACUGAGCAACCUUACCCAAUUGUGUGUCCACAUUUGUGAAUGUAUGUAUAUAUAAAUGGAGCACUCUCCAGUUUUAUUUAGACAAACAAAUUCAAGAUAGAUACUCCUCCUCAUCUACUAGUACGUAGCAAUAGCAAUAGCAAGAUAUAUAGAUAUAACAAUGAAGAAACUGAUCACUUUUCUUCAUCUGUUCAUUGUUCUGUUGUGUCUUUCUUCUCACCUCCUCUCCUUGAAUGCUGGCCCAGUAACAAGAACCAGAAGUCUAAUGCUUGGAUCUAAAUUGGAGUAUGGGAUUUCAGAGAAUACCCACUUGGUAAAAACAGAGGGAAAAAUGGAGGAAGAGAGGAUUGAAAUCAGGAGGGUGGAUGUUGAGCUGAAUGAUUAUCCCGGUUCAGGGCCGAAUAACCGGCACACUCCUUCCCCCAAACUAGGGAGAGGUUGUGUUGAUUGUUGAACGUUCUAUAUUUUAUAAGAAUUUUAAUAUUCGUGCUUCACUUUUUAUUGAUGGCGCUCCACUUUGUUUAUGAAGUUACUAGUAACUUCACGUUAAAAGUGGAGAGUAACUUCACGUUAAAAGUGAAGCGCGAAAAUCAAUUUCCAUUUUAUAAUUAGGUCUAUAACUGGUGUCUUGUAGAAUAGUCCAUUUUUUGGACAUAGAGAGAGAGAGAGAGAGAGAGAGAGAGAGAGAGAUGGAUGGGGUUUGUACCUUGUAUGAAGUGAAUAAAAAAUUUCUUUUCUUGA